GUCAGCGCUCGCAGCUGCAACGACGGCGCCAACACCAGUAGCACCAACUGCACCACCUCGAGCCAAGGAUAGGCUCGUCUUUUCAGCGUCAGCGUCAGUAGCACCAGGUUGUUGACUUCAAGCAUGGGGGUCGAUCAAGGAAUGGUAAUCGACACCGGACCGCCGACCUCAGCUGACAACUUCUCCUCCACGGUGCAGCUGACGACGAAGCCGACUGUGAAGAAACAGCAGGAUGCCUCAGACUACGAUCCGUUCUCCGAGAGGCAUGUGGAGCACCCCAACUCGGACCUGGGUUCGCUGAUGCACCUGCUGAAAGGCAGCCUCGGUUCCGGGAUCCUGGCGAUGCCGAUGGCCUUCAAGAACGCGGGCACCGUCGUCGGCUUCGUUGGGACCGUCCUCAUCGGCAUGCUCUGCGCGCACUGCGUCCACAUGCUGGUGCGGUCGUCCCACAUCGUGUGCCGGAGGGCCCGUGUCCCAAUGCUGGGGUUCGCGGAGACGGCGGAGUACGCCUUCCUGUAUGGGCCGAGCCGCCUCAAGGCAUGGGCCCGCUUCUCCAGGACGUUUGUCAACAUAGCGCUGCUGACCACCUACUACAGCACCUGCUGCGUCUACCUCAUCUUCGUCGCGUCGAGCAUCAAGCAGGUAUGCGACCAGUGGUUCCCGUGGGCACAGCUGGACAUCCGGAUCUACACGGUCCUGCUACUGCUGCCGUUGGUGCCCAGCUGCCUGCUGCGCAACCUCAAGUACCUAGUGCCCUUCUCGGCGACUGCCAACGUUUGCAUCGUGGUGGGCUUCGCCUGCACGCUCUACUACAUGCUUCGUUACCUCAAUGACCCCGGCGAGUUGCCCCUCAGUGUGGACGUCGCACGCUUUCCGCUCUUCUUCAGCACUGUCGUCUUCGCCAUGGAGGGGAUAGGAGUGGUGAUGCCGGUGGAGAACGAGAUGAGGCAUCCGCAGCACUUCCUGGGAUUGGGAGGCGUCCUCAACAUCGCCAUGGCGGUCGUCGUCUCGCUGUACGCCCUCAUCGGCUUCUUCGGCUACGUCACAUAUGGGGAGGACACCGCGGGCAGCAUCACCCUCAACCUGCCCGUCGACGAGCGACUGGCGCAAGCGGUGAAGAUCCUGAUAGGACUGGCGGUGCUGUUCACGUACCCGCUGCAGUACCACGUGGCCGUGGGAAUCGUGCUGCAGAUGGCGCGGGACCGCGUGCCGGAGAAGCGCCUCGGCCUCCUGGAGUACGGUAUGCGGGUGGUCGGAGUGCUGGGCACAGUGGCGCUGGCGACGGCGGUCCCGAAGCUCGACCCUGUGGUGUCGCUGGUGGGUGCCGUGUGCUUCUCGACGCUGGGUCUGCUUUGUCCGGCCGCCAUCGAGAUGGCCACCUGCUGGCCCAGCCGCCAGAUUGUCGUUAAGGACUCGCUCAUCAUCGUGCUCGCACUCGCAGCCCUCGUCUCUGGGUCCUACACCAGCGUCCUGGGCAUCAUCGACGCCUACUCAGAGUAGCCAACGCUCAAACACCAGCAUAUUCUGAUUCAUAGAAUCCUACUCUUAGUAGCCAAGUCGUACACCAGCAUCCUCGAUAUCAAUAAGGCCUACUCUGAGUAGCCCUUGAUCAUACACUAGCAUCCUCGACAUCACUGAGGCCCACUCAGAGUAUUACAUCAGCCUCCUGGAAAUAACUGAUGCCUAUUCCGAAUAUCCAGUGGUCACACAUUGACAUUCUCGACAUCACUGAGGUCUACUCUGAGUGGUCUAAAGUCAUACACCAGCAUCCACAAAAUUAUCGAAGAAUACUCUAAGUAGGUAACGGUCAUACACCAGCGCCCUCGACAUCAGCGACGCCUUCUCUGAGUAGCCAAGGAUUAUGAACCACAGCCCUCAGAAUCAUUAAGGCCUGCUCAGAAAAUCCAAGGGUCAUAUAUGAUCCUCAUCACUAUCAAGGCCUACUUUGAGUAUCCGAGGGUCAUACACCAUCAUCAUUUGUUCCUAUGGUGAGGAACAGAACUCUAAUUCACCAUGAUAUACAUUACCAAAUCUUAUGUUGAGUAGCUUUGACCUUAUACCAGCUUCCUCAUCAUCCUCGAGAUGUCCUCCAUGUAGCCCAAGGUUCUACAGGAGCAGUCUUAACGUCGCCGAGACCUACUUCGAGAAGCCCUAGGCCUACUCGAGUAGCCCUAGCUCCUAGUUUAGUUUACCAAACGUCACUGAACCUUCUCAUAUGUAACACAAAUCGUAAACCUGGAGCAACUGUGGUAUAGCUUCAGCAACACUGAAGUCAACCAGCCUGUGAAUUCGUUUAAAGGAUAUGUUGCUCUACACAUAACAACUAUGUGGCUUCAUAUUUGUAACUGAAAGUAGUUCUAAAUGAACACUCUUCAGAAUGAAGAUGUUUCCCUUGGGUAGCAGAUUCGAUCAUACCGUGUGUAUACAACAAAAUAGUGUGUGACUGACCAUCUCUAUUAUGACACGCUUCCUGAAAUUGCAGGUAUACAUGUCCCUACUGUUCAUUGGAUUGUGACGGUGCUGUGAAGCAAUAUCAGCUAUGAACCAUGGAAUGUAGCAGUCCCGUUGUUUACCUAAGCUACCUCGAUAUAAGACUCAUUCAUUGCUUUCGAGUGAAUAUGGUUCGUCAUGAUUCGAUCAUAGUGUGAUACGAUGUUCUCUGAGAUCCACUAACUAUCUUACAUACAGGCACUAUUACACAUGACACUGUGAGGCGACAUAUAGUGUUCAACAGUAAUCUGUUAUCCCAUGUGCUUCUUCAGAUAUAUGGAGUGAUUAAAAUUACUGGACGAUUUAUGGUGUUAAGUACAUUACAUUACCAUUGCUCGUGUUGAGAAAUCAGUAUUCAGUCUAGUGUAACUCUCAUCUAUGAAAUACAUUUUAACUUCGUGGUUCCGCUUAAGAAACUGUGAAUUUCCAGUAGAGGUGGGAUAUUAAAAUUCUGCCUCUUCCUUACAGAAUUUUUGAAUGACUUUCAUGUACUUUUCAAAAAACUUUCAUGUGCCAGGAAAGGAUGUGUAUUAUUUAUUUUCCAACGAUAUUAUUUUGUAAUAUAGUGUUAAGACUAAUGUAUUUUCGCAAUAUGUGUUUCAGACAUCUUAGCCUACCGUACUAGUUUGAGUGACCAUGUUGGUUUCAACAGAGCUAUCACUCUAAUACCAAUUGUACAGAAGUCUACAGUGUAUUUAUGACUCAAAAAUUCUUAUGUAAAUUACUCAAAAAAUGUUCUCAGCAAAAAUAAUGCAAUUAAGAAACUUGUUAAAACAUUAAUUGUAUUUGAUAGCUUUAUCAUAAAUUAUUUUGUAAGAAAAUCGUUCUAUAAUGACAUAAACGUCAAUUAUAUUAAGAGAUGUGCAAGAACUCUGACAUGACGUUGUGAUGAUCUUUAUAUGUUUCAUUCAUACUUCUGAAUUAAACUUCACAAAAGUAA